AGCCAUUCGGAAAUUCAGAGUCAGGGAGUCGGCGUCGGACGUCCCAUGGUAUGAGGUCCUGAAGAUUCUCAUUCCCAAGAUGAAGCAUGUGUCGACCGAUAAGCUUCGUGCUAUGUUCCCGGCCGGUAUUGUUCCCAACAUCAACGUGACCCAUUAGGGACUUGUCACUGACACCCUCGACAGACUAUAUUCCACCGAAGAUGCGCACCAACUUCUUCGAUAUGGAGGCAGAUUGGACCCCAGUUUCGAGAACAGCACCCCCGGAUUUCCAAACCUUCGGGCCAAUACCUCCAUCAAUUUCUGGGCUUGGGGCUCAGGGUUUGACCUCCCUUCGUGGGACAAACCUGAGCCCCCUAACCUUCGGGCCUGCCCCUCCACUGAUAUCUGGGCUUCAGACUCAGGAUUGGGUCUCCGGUUUGGGCACAACGCACUGGGGUUCCUUGUCAGUUGAGCCAAGCCCUUCACCCGCCGCUGGGCUUGGAAACCGGGUAGACGCAAACAAUGGUCUAAGCAACGUGGGCGCUUGGGCCGACCGUAUGCCUACGAUGAUCAUCGACAGCACCCGCCCCUUCGGCCCGGAAGUUGCCGUCGCCGGCAGCCAUACAGGCCUGACAUAUCCAGCGCACGGUACGGAUGAUGCUUUUCAACGCCAAGCCGAGCAUCAGCAGCUGUGCCACACGGGUUGCCCUCAUGGAUACAUCGGUUUUGCGAAGGAACACUUACGCAACAUGGCGAGGGCUAUAGAAAAAGGAGAACUUGCCUUGGAUAGGUACAGGCUUGCCGACCUCUUGUCAACUGCCCAUCAUAUGCUGAGCAUUGCCGAGGGACAAGCUUCACCUUAGCAGAAAUCAAAUCCGCAGGAUAUCAGCGCCCUCGCAGCUUUCUCAUCUGCGGUCAUGGAGGAAAGAGGGAUGCUAAACAGGUAUUUGACUUCAACUUGUGGUGUUGGCAGCUGUAGGAUGCU